GCCCCCUUCCCCGCUGGCGGCUGCAUCCGGGACUCGCCGUCGCGUUCGAGGCGGUGACGUCACUUAUAUAAAGGCCUGCAGCGCCUUUGUUCGCUCUCUCAUUGCGCAGUUGCAGCUCGGUCUGCGAGGACGGGAACUGGAGGGGAGGUCCUACUAGAAUCAAAAUGGUUGAAGCGGAUCGUCCUGGGAAACUGUUCAUUGGUGGACUGAAUACAGAGACAAAUGAGAAAGCUCUUGAGGCUGUAUUUGGCAAAUAUGGGCGCAUUGUGGAAGUUCUUUUGAUGAAGGAUCGUGAAACCAACAAAUCCAGAGGAUUUGCUUUUGUCACAUUUGAGAGCCCAGCAGAUGCAAAGGAUGCUGCCAGAGAUAUGAAUGGAAAGUCAUUAGAUGGGAAAGCAAUUAAAGUGGAACAAGCAACCAAGCCAUCCUUUGAAAGUGGUGGUAGACGUGGGCCACCACCCCCUCCAAGAAGCAGAGGUCCUCCCAGGGGCCUUAGAGGUGGAAGAGGCGGAAGUGGAGCAAGAGGACCACCUUCAAGAGGGAGUCACUUGGGUUCUUCGAGGGGGCCACUUCCAAUGAAGAGGGGGCCACCUCCACGAAGUGGUGGACCUCCACCCAAAAGAUCUGCACCUUCAGGGCCAGUGCGUAGCAGUAGUGGAAUGGGAGGGAGAGCUCCUGUAUCACGUGGAAGAGACAGCUAUGGUGGUCCUCCACGCAGAGAGCCAAUGCCAUCACGGAGAGAUGUCUACAUGUCACCAAGAGAUGAUGGUUAUAGUACAAAAGACAGUUAUUCAAGUAGAGAUUAUCCAAGUUCCAGGGAUACAAGAGAUUAUGCUCCACCUCCAAGAGAUUAUGCAUACCGUGAUUAUGGUCAUUCCAGCUCACGUGAUGAGUACCCCUCUAGAGGAUACAGUGAUCGUGAUGGCUAUGGUGGUGGACGCGAUAGAGACUAUUCAGAUCAUCCAAGUGGAGGCUCUUACAGAGAUUCGUAUGAGAGCUAUGGUAACUCACGUAGUGCUCCACCUGCACGAGGGCCCCCGCCAUCUUAUGGUGGAAGCAGUCGCUAUGAUGAUUACGGCAGUACACGAGAUGGAUAUGGAAGUCGAGAAAGUUAUUCAAGCAGCAGAAGUGAUGUCUACUCAAGUGGUCGUGAUCGUGUUGGAAGACAAGACAGAGGUCUUCCCCCUUCCAUGGAAAGGGGUUACCCUCCUCCCCGUGAUUCAUACAGCAGUUCAAGCCGCGGAGCACCCAGAGGUGGUGGCCGUGGAGGAAGCCGAUCUGAUAGGGGUGGAGGCAGAAGCAGAUACUGAAAAACAAUCAUAAACUUUUGGACCAAGACAGAUUACUUCUCACAAACCCAAGUGGAAGUUGUUCUAUCUUUACUACCAGAGGACUACUAAAAGGAAAAGUUGUUCUUACCUUUUUUUUAUUGUUGCCUGUUAAGUUUCCCCCUCCAUGAUUUUUAUGCUUUUGUGAGGAAAAGUUAAAACAAUGUUUAAUUUCAUUUCAAAAUUGUUAACAUUUCUUUCAAAAAGCAGAUGUUAAAUGUAUAAAAGUUGAGCUGUGUACUAGUGUUGUAACUUUCAAAGUAAAAGUUUCCCUGAAAUGCCACACUUCCCAUCUGAUUUUCCUCAUGAAUGGAACAAGCAGUUCUAAGAUCUUCCACACAACAUCUAGCCAUCUAAAAUGGAGAUGGAUCGUUCUACACAUUCAAACUCUCAUUCUAAACAAAUUAGUUACUUGUGGUUGGAGGGUGGUGGGGAUGUGCCACAUUAAAAUUUCAGUUUCCUCUUGAUUCUGAAAUCACACAAUAUUCCCAGAUCAAAAUUUCUUCAGAUCCUUGUGUAAAGAAAAAAUCAGGAUUCCAUUCAGUCACUAAACCAGAAACAGCAAAUGGAUAAUGCUGAGCAUACUUUGCCUUCCUACUGUUUUGCUGGGAAUUUGCAAGGACCUCUCCCCCAAAAUAAACCAUUUACAUGUAAUAAGUCAACUACAGAAUACUGUAAAUAAAAGGUUUGACCAGUUCCAUCAAAGAAGCUACAAAACGAUGCUUACUCAUACUGUUUCAAAUUUUUGCAACUCUGUGUAGUGUCUCACUUUUAAAGGACCAUCUUUGAUUCCAAAGGCAAAUGGAGAAAAUAAGAUAAGCAAAGAAGUCUUUCUCUCCAACUUCUCAAAGGCUUAUGACUUCAUAAAAACAAGUGAAUCUUUCAGCAUUCCACAACAGAUUUAAAGCAUCAAAUGCCUGUGAAACAGCAAAGAUGGGUAAGCAAAGCAAACUAGUUUUUCAGUCUGUCAAAAUUGAACCAAAUUACCUUCCUCUUAGUACAGUAAGACAUGCUGUACGUCAUGGCAAUGGAAGUGCUUUCUGUAUUUAAAACAGUAUCUUAUGGAAAAGCAAUGCUGGAAAGCAUUAGAAGUCUUCCAAAUUCAACAUUUCUUCUUAUGGAUAUAAAGCAUGUAUGGCAUCAAUUUUGAAACUAAAGCAUUUAAGAAUGCAGCUCGUAGACACAAUGUUUUGCAAAGUAGGGUUGGGAGGGGAAAUUCUAUGCCCAGUAUGUUUCAUUGAAGACACUUAAAACAAGCUGCAUAUACUAUAUUUCUAACAAAUAUUAAAAUCCUGAUGAAAUCAGGAAUUGGCUUAGAUUGCCAAAUAUAUCAGCUCGGAUAUUGGGCAUUUUCAAGCAAGCCAUUGCAAACUUGACGUUUAGUUGGAUGCCUGACUUUAUUUUAGUUUUGUGAAACUGCAUUAUAUGGGGAAAUUCUAGUACAAGUGGCAGAACCUGUGGUGAGUUGUCAUGUCGCAGGUAGAGCCAUGAAGUUCAAAAGAUGCUCUUGAAUAUAGUAGACUUGAAGACCUCCAACUAAAAAAAACCUUGUUACUACUCUAGUCCUCAAAAUAAAUUUGCCGUUCAUCUUAUGGAUUUAACAUGGCAGUGCACCAUUGGAAAGGAAUGAGAAUCCAUAAGCCAUGCAACCUAUCACUAAGCCAUUCCAGUCCAUUCCAAGCCAGUGAACCUUCCACCACUUAAAGAGAAGUAGUAGAACUUGAAACACAUUAAUCUGCAAACCCAAGCUUGUGACUUUUCUGGGACCGGGACAGUUAUAGGUUGGAUAACCAUUUUAAGUCUGUUCUAGCUCUGUCAUAUCUGUUUUAAUUGUUGCAGGUUGAUUACCUUCAAAGGCAUGAUGGUCCGAGGUACAGUUCUGACACGUCUGCAUGGAUAAGUGACAGCAGCUGUAACAGUAGGAAAGUUACAGAGUGACUGGAAGAAAGCGGUGGAACAAUGGAUGCGUAUUGGGAAAUCUAAGGAUAACUAGUGCAACACAAAUUUUAACCACCUCUAAAAGUGGUCUUGGCCAGCAAGCAUUCAGUGUGUGCAGAUGUUAAUGUUAGCUUUGAAGAAAAAGGUGUUAAUUGCCAUUUUAGAGCUGUUCUCAUUGAAGCAUGAAAGGUUACUAAUGGGAACAUCUGAGAGGAGCAUCUCCUUUAUAGAUGAAAAGUGUGAACUAAGUGGUGGUUGUCUGGCUUUUGUAACGGUCCACUUCCAAGAAGUAAGCAUGGGUGUCAUGUUGAUGCUGCAGCAGAACAAACAUUCCUGUGCUACUGUUAGGCCUUGUCUACGCUGCAGUCUCUUAUCCGGAAAAGGCAGCCUUUUUUCAGCAAAACAGAGCAGGUGCAAACACUGCAAUGCCACUUUUGGUGACAACUCUUCAGUUUUGGCGGCAAAGUUAAAGCAACAAAGUGUCAGUGUAGAUGCUGCUGUUCAUUAUAUUGGCAGUACUGGCCUUCCCCAGUAUCUUUCAAUGCCUGCCAUGACUGCUCUGCUCACUGUUUGGAACUCUGCUGCCCUGCACGCAUGUGCCCCUCCUCUUUCAAAGCUCCAGGAAGUUCUGGAAUUUCUGACAUUGAGAGCUCUGGCAGCAAAGAGCAAAUCAUUAAUGUGGAAUGCUGCUGUCUCCUGUACUAGGAACAUAGAGGCAGGUGUGUGCGUGUGGAAAAGUGCUGUGCUGUACAGAGCCAGGUGGGAGCUAGAGGGAGGGUGUCUCCGUGCCUGAGGACUGGCUGCUUCUAGCAGCUGUCUGAACUUAAAGACAGCAUGCCGACAUACUCCCACUCUCCCGAUACACUUCAGUUGAAAAACAGAUGGCAAUCUAGUAGGAUGCCCAAGGAACCAUGAGCUUGAGGAACCUGCAUCGUGUGAUGCUGUACCUGCCCCAUGAGACAUUGCAAAUCCUUCCAAAAGCACCCUGUGGCGGGUUGCACAGUGGAUAGCUACCCAUAGUGCACUGCUCUCUGUGUCAGUGCAAGAGCUGCUAGUGUGGAUGUGCUCAGCUGACACAAGGAGCAUAGCAUGGACGCACAACAGCAAUUUAAUGGGAGUGGCAUAACUUUUGUUGAUAAAACUGUAUUGUCGACAGCCUUAGUGAACAGUUUGCGGAAACUGUCCCUCUGAGCUGAAAAUGGAAUAAGUUACUUAAGCAAAAGCAGCUGCCCACUUUGCCCACUCAGUGGUGGGGUGGGGGGAGGACUUGCAAACGCAAGAACCGUUUUUGUUUCACUGUUUUCUGCAUAGGCAACUUAAUUUUCCAACCUUUAAAUCUUUUUUGGGGGUAGGAGUCGGAGAGUCAGAGACAAUAUUCAUGAACCUAAAAUGAGGUGUAGAGGACUUCUGGGGAAUAUUCAAAUCCAUCCUUGGAGUUAUUGGUGCCCUUGUACCAGCUAGCAUCUUUCAUAAAUGAUUACUUCAAAUGUGAUCCUUCUAAGAUAGAGAUAAUUAGUUUGUAUGGAAUCUUGUCUUUAAGUACAUCUUUAGGUCGUCUGUAUUGCAUUUGUACUCUGUAUUACACAUGUUUAUUGCUUAUUUUGCCAAUAUAUGGUAGAAGUGAAAUCCAGUUUUCAAGCAUCAGUAAUCCUAUAUGCCAUCCCUCAUCUUUCUCAUUGGUGAAGAUGCAGUGUCAUGGUUAAUAAACUUUACAUUGACUGAAUGUGUGAUAGAUGCAAAGUGGUGUAAGUGAAGCAGGUAGCUUCAGUUUACAAAUUCGGUCAUUGAAAAUGUUUGUGCCUGUCUGGACAGCUAGGUCAGAGAUAAAGUAUGGCUUGAAAUGAAGAUACUAACUUUCUGUGUGUGAAGUACUGUACACAUUUGAGUUCAACACUGCAUUUUAACUAGAUCCUACAGAAACAACUGAAGCUGUAUGUUCAUUCAAUUGGGGUGGGGGGACCUAACCCUAAAACUUAAAGGUGACUGGCAGGAUUGUUAAGCAAAAUAUCCACCUAGUGUUUAUCCUGUGCGCCCAAACUCCAAUGUGUGUGUUCCCUCGUGCCCAGUAUCUACCUCCUAAAAAUCCAGCUUCCCCCCACUUCUGCCGGUGAUCUAGGUAAUGUGGAUGCAAAAAAUUUUCACUCUGCUUUCAGCUAGGCUGGGAGUUUAGUGAUUAGUGUGUCGAAGUUCUGGAUGGUGGACUUAGCUUUGAGUCUACAUAAUUUGUAGUAAGAGUGCUGCUGUAGAGUUUUAGGUCCUUGGGUUGUAGACUUCUAUAUUGAUAUGGACAUUAAAGGUGCACAACUCCUGGAAUAUUAAACAAAAUCCAGUUUUUUGCUUGGAAUAGUUCUGAUCUUUGAUGGGAAGUGGCUAGUUACAUAUAAUACAAUGAACCUUUGUACUAUGUACAUUAGAAGUAAUUCUCUUCUAAAUUCUGAUGCUAGUCUUCGCAUUUCAUAAUUGUUAAGCAAGUGUAAGGUUAAUGGAACUCUUGAAGUGUCUGAUUUAGAACACAUUAACUACCGAAUAAUACCUCAGUUUAGUUCUGUACCUGCCUCUAUUCUUCUACAUGUUUUCUUUAGUUAUGUAAAGCUUUCCCAAUUCCCACAUGUUCUCUUUAUAUUAUGGUCAGUUUUGUCAAACAGUCUUAAUGAAUGAAUAGCUGUACCACACCCCUUUCAAUUCACUUUGUCAGCUGACCACCAAAAUCAGCCCGAUGGACUCUUGAUUAUGUCCAGUAGCUGUGUUUUCAGUACUCAGGAUUCUGCUACCAAAGAAUCCAUAUCACUAGUUUAGGUGAGCAACUUGAGGCGUGCCGGUGGGGCUUCCUUUGCUAGCACUCAUGAGCACUCAUGGAAAGAUAAAGGUGACACACUCAUCACUAAUUUUUAAAUCUUUGCCUUAAGUCUUUCGGGCUGCCUUUAUAUAUCAUGAAAGAAAGGGCACCAGUUUAUUUUUCUCUGCACAGUUUAGCUUUCAGACUUUAUUAAUUCAGGGUCAGAUUUAUUUUUUAAAAAAUGCAGUUGCAUCCAAAUAACCAUGAAGGAAUGGCUGCUUAUUCAGGCAAUCAUGGUAAUUGUGGAUGCAGAUUAGGCAUUAAAAAAAAUAAACUCGUGGGGUCCACAAAAAACCCAUGGCACUGCUGUGCUCCCCCCUUCAAAAAAAAGUUUAUUUUUUAAAAUAUUAAGUGUCUAGGUCCCUGGGGAUGCAUUUCCUCAAAUGUAAAAUCUAGUUUGGGAAUAUUAACUCUGGAGAAAUAAUUACAGCUAGGUAUUUUUCCUUUUGAUGAACAUGUUUAAGAUAGACUGAACAUCUUUUUGAAAGGCAUUUAUAAUUAUCUAAACCAGGGGAGCUUGUAUUUUUGUCAGUUGGUGUCUUAGUAGAUUGAUGAGCAUUUUCAGGUUACCUUAAGUUCCAAAUACAGGUAUUUGGAGGAAGAAAAAAUGUCUUAACACCAAAGAUUAAAAACUGAUGCAAAUAAUUGUACUGUGUUAAACUUAAAUACUACACAGUUGUCCAUAAGAGAUAAAAAUAAAAUAUAAAACUCAGGAUCACACGUCUGUGAGAGAGAGGCCUUGUAAUGGGCUACAAAUUUGAAGCCUGCAGUACAUGUUUAUAUGGCAAUAAGCAUGUGAUUAAAUUUUACUGUUUUUGCACUUUAGAUUGUGAGCUUGUUCAUGUGCUCCAAUAUUGAUACUACUGCACCUGCUUUUGCUAUUGCACAUCUCCAACAGCUGCCAUCUUUUUAAGUAUCCUCUCAAACAUGUUUCCAUCUAAUCUUUCCCCUACUAAUGUGUUAAACAAUUAUUAGGGUUAAAAUACUUCAUGUCUUCCUGCUUACUGCAGUGUGUUGCCUUACAGCUUACUGGCUAAAUAGGGCUGUUGAUUAGGAAGUAAAUUCAAGCCAUCUUUAAAAUAAUCCAUAGGGGGAGUCACUGACUAAUGUUAUCCUCAAACUCUUAGCUGGUGUGCCUUUCUAAAAUUGUCUAGCUGUCAGUGCUGGAAAAAUUAAUCUUGAAAAUGCAAACCAGUUGUAAACUAUUGCAUUGAUGCCUGCCAUCGUCUGCAGGCAGCCUGAAACAGCUGAGUGUUGUGAAAUGCUCCACUCCAUGUUCAGUGUGAAUUCAAAUGUUUUGAUUAUAAAAAUCAGCCAUUAUUAUUCAUUGCUCAUGUCUUUAGAAAAGACAUCUAGUUUAAUGUGCUUAUCCAAAACUGCCACACCUUUAGGUGUCAAAAGCCUCUGCCUGCCAAAACAGAAGGUUCUGAUAACUUCUUUGGCAGGUCUAUACUACAGGCCUAUAUCUGUGUAACUAUGUAGUUUGAGCAAUAUCGUUCUACCAACCUAACCCCCUGUGGAGACAGCGCUAUGUCAAGGAGAGAGCUCCUGUCAACAUAGUUGCCACCCCUUGAGGUGGAUGAUUAACAACACCAAUGGGAGCUCUCAGGCACAGUGCAGUUGCGCCCUGUGCCACUGUAGCAUUGUACAUGAAGACAAGUCCUUUCAUGCAGCUAGGUGUUGUCAUUGGAAAAACAGUAGGAAUAGUUUAGAAAAAAUUGGGACUCAGUACAUAUUUUUAAAAUACAUUUCAUACCCAAUUCAGUAAAUAAAAACCCUCUGAUCUGAAGUUGCUGCAGAACUUCUACUUGUGUGCUGAAGAAUUCAGACUUGCAAGCUGUGUGAGGUGCCCAGCUGGUUGUAGUCCUGUUGAAAGUCCCAGGAUUAAUGUGGUAGACUGGUAUUGGAUGCUUGUGCAAAAUUGCCCACAAAUUGGAAAAAUUGCGUUUAGCUAACCAAGUUUUGUUUCAAAAUGAAGUUGGUUUCAGGAAAGUGUUGUGUCCCUUUAACUCACAUGUUUCAGAGUAACAGCCGUGUUAGUCUGUAUUCGUAAAAAGAAAAGGAGUACUUGUGGCACCUUAGAGACUAACCAGUUUAUUUGAGCAUGAGCUUUCGUGAGCUACAGCUCACUUCAUCGGAUGCAUAGCAUAUCGUGGAAACUGCAGUUAUGCACGAUAUGCUAUGCAUCCGAUGAAGUGAGCUGUAGCUCACGAAAGCUCAUGCUCAAAUAAACUGGUUAGUCUCUAAGGUGUGCCACAAGUACUCCUUUUCUUUUAACUCACAUGUAAGCCAGCAGGCUGUGCAGGAAUAUAGGCUACAAUUUUCAGAAGGGAUUGUGGACGUGUGGGGGGGUUGCUCAAUUUGUAACACAUUAUGGGGGGUUGAUUUUUUAGAAGUGCUGAGGACUUUCAUGAAAGUUGGGCAUUGUUUGUACAUUAGACACCCAAAACCACUAGUCAUCUGUGAAAGUCUUGGCUGCUGCUUAAUGGUUCUGGGGCUGUUAUCAGAAGAUUUUGAAAAAUAAAAUAACAGGAAAUGGAAUAACCAUUUAAAAUUGAGACGAUCACAAGAGGCAAUAGAAUGGGGCUUUAUUCCUGUGGAGAACCCCACUUUUGAAAAGAUGGGGAGUCUGAACUCACGUUAGAAGUUCGUCUAUAGUAGAAAUGUAUAGUUACUGAAAUACCUGCCCACUCUCCUACCAUGAAAAUGCCACUUCAUUGGAUGCAUAUAGUGGGGAGAUUUUAUAUACACAGAGAAUAUGAAACAAUGGGUGUUACCAUACAGACUGUAACAAGAGUGAUCAAGAAAGGAUACAGACUAAUGCGGCUGCUACUCUGAAAUCUGAGAAUAGACUCCCACAUUGUCAGCUAAACAGGAAAGGAGGUACAAGUUCCACAUGCAGAAAUGGUCAUGCAAUUGUGUAUCUGCAAUUGCUUGGGUAACUAGAGGCACAUAUUUGCUAAGGUCACACUUUCCCUGAAAAUGGCACCUGUAGUAGUAGGUCUCAAACUGUCCAUUAGUAAUUAAAACUUUAUUUUCAAAUAGAGCUUAUUCCUUCUGAGUGUUUCUCCCCAGCUGAGCUGUCAGUUACUGUUUUGAAGGAGAUAGAAGUAUCCAGCUGACCAUUUCUGACUGACGCUUGGUGAGCCAGAUUUCCUCUGCCAUUGGGAAGCAUGAACUUGUUACUGAAUAGGAUGCGGGUUCUGGCUCUGCUGGUACAAGCUCUGAAGAGAACUAUGAAGAGAACAGAAGAAAGGACAGUUGCCCUGUUCUAAAUUACUACAAGCUCUUACGCUAAUAGAAUGGGCUUUACUCAGGGCCAUCCUUAGGAUUUAUGGGGCCCUACACAGUAUUAUUAAAUGCCUGCAGACCCCCAGAAGAACCCCCCUCCCCGCCACCAUUGUUGACACACACUGAGCUUUGUAUGCAGCAGACGCUGCAGCAGCCUGGGGUGGGAGGGAGGGACAAGGCAGCAAAGUAUACUGAGCCGUCCAGCCUGCCUCACGGUGGCGAAGAACAACAGUUCCCUGCAGAAACCCCCAAAACCUCUCCCUCAUGCAGAAUGCACUGUGCUGACACAUUCAGUUCUGUGAAUAUGGCCCCUGCCUAAGGAGACUGCAGUGUGCGCUGGGUGUGCAGGAGCCAACCUGCUGUUCUGGUGGUGCCCCAAAUUUUUGGGUUCCGUAUGCAGCCUCUUAUGCUAUGUAUGCCUAAGAAUGGUCCUGGCUUUACUUUGUCCUAGAUCUGUCCUGGGAAGGAGGGAUAGCUUGGUGGUUUGAGCAUUGGCUUGCUAAACCCAGGGUUGUGAGUUCAAUCCUUGAGGGAGCCAUUUAGGGAUCUGGGGCUUGGUCUUUCUUUGAGCAGGCGGUUGGACUAGAUGACCUCCUGAGGUCUCUUCCAACCGUGAUAUUCUAUGUGAGUUCUUUAUGCACACUGCAACUUUUAACUUUCCAAAGUACAGUGGAGUAGUUCAUAUGUGUUUUAGUAUGGUGUGUCCUGAGUAGAACUUGUUGAAAAUUGUUUAAACUCUUGUUUCCAGUGGAAAGUGUGCUUUCUUCUAUGUUGUUUUGUGAAACUUCGUAUUCUUAUCAGUAUUUUUAUCUAAAAUGUUCAUUUAUCAUUUUUCUGUGCUCAGAAUAACUUCAACAGUGAUAUUUUUAACAAGGGGUGUGUGUGUGUGUGUACACGGAGGGGAGGGCAGAAGAAAUCUCACCAUAUGGCUAAACUGCCUGAAAAGCUCGUAUUUCAGAUUUUGAAAAUGGAAAGAUUCCAUGUGUUCUAUAAACACUUUUUAUGUAAGAUUUGUAAAAAUUGUCUCUCAAAAAAUAAAGUUAUUUAAAGUUU